ACACGCACUAACAGAAUCGGAUGGUAUUGCAAUGUAUUAAGCAGAUGAAAUUAUAAGGGCAUACUACUCUAGUUUGCCUUGACUUAGACAACUUUAUAAUACGCUGCUUUUUGCUUUAUGAAUAUAUGUUAAUGUUUGGUAAGUAAGGGGCUAUAUAACAUCAAGAAGGAUUAGACUGGAAUUAUAAUCUUUACAGAUGCAUUCAAAAGAAGUUAACAGAGGCUAGCAUCCCGAGUUGUGGAUUUGAUCGACAUUCAAAUUAAGAGAUUCGGGUUUAUUAUUUUUGGGUGAAAAAAAUGUCACGGCAGCAUCCUCUGUCUAAAACUCCAACUAUCUAGAGAGACAUCCACGCUCUACUUCGUUGCUCGAACACUGUCCAAGCCCCUUUGCAGGGAGAAGCCGAUUCUCAUCAAUGGACACAUUCCAGAUUAUUUAGUACUCGGAGCCUCCUGGCAAUAAGCAGUAUUUCAUAUCCCUGACAGCGGCUGCAUUAGCGGAGCGCUGUAAUAUCCUGCGCGAUCACUGGGAGACGCGUUGCAGUGGCCGCUCACGAAUGCCGCGAAGCUCCGGUCGCCAGAGGAGAGCGUUUGCCUGCAGACGCGGAAAGGAAGCCCAGAUAAAAGGACGGCUUCCCCGUUAAUGUGCACGCACGUCAGACUGGGAGUAGCAAGCCGAGUGAAUGGAAUUUGCGCCGAUCGCUCGGACGCCUUUUUCUUGAAACAACGUUGUCUGCUGUCGCCUGACUGACAUUCUGUUCGGCUUGAGUCGACCACAUUCUGUAGUCUUCAAAAAUCUGGAGUUUCUCAGAGUGGGACGUGAGCCGAGGACGUGCAGUAAUUCUUUUGCUCUUUGACUUUAAACCUUCAAUACUCGACCUGCGCAGCCUCCAGCUCAAAGCCAGCAUAAACUGGGAGUACAGCAUAUGUUACGAGGGGAUUGGUGAGACGCCAGCUCGUUCACUGCUGCUGGUGGCUGGAAAUCACUGGCAGACUUAUGAAGAAUGAUACCUGGUUUCAUCCCAAUGCUACCGAGAGGAUUUACGCUAGAUGCCACGGAUGCAGCUACUCGCCAACUUUGAGAACUCUUUGUUCUGUACUGCUUCAUGGAUCGCCUGACUUUCUUUACCAGACUGUUUCAUAAUUGUAUCUGUGUUGUGGUGACUGUGAGGAGAGGAAGUCAAAAUGAGCCGAAUGCUUUGAAGGCCAGCAGUCAGUGGAGACAAGGAUUCUGAAAGCUCAAUUUUUGGUGGAGAUAUAGAAGAACAGUUGCUGUAGCUUUGCCUGGGCUGCCCUAUAAAAAAAAGACAACAAGAGCUUUUCUCUGGCCACAAUGGUGCCUAAUGCUUGGAAGCACUGCUGCUCCAGCUGCAUCUUGUUGUGCCUGUUGGCUUAUUGCUUCAUUUCUUCUAUAGCAGCCAAGUCCAGAACUCCAGGUCACACACACUUGAAUUCAAUCAGAAUAGAUGGAGACAUCUCUUUAGGGGGUCUUUUCCCCGUUCACUCUCGGGGCAGUGAUGGAAAGGCCUGUGGAGAACUCAAAAAGGAGAAAGGCAUCCAUCGACUUGAGGCCAUGCUGUAUGCCCUUGAUCGGAUCAAUAAUGACGCAGAGCUGCUCCCCAACAUCACAUUGGGGGCUCGCAUUUUGGAUACCUGCUCCCGGGAUACCCACGCGCUGGAGCAAUCACUCACCUUUGUUCAGGCGCUCAUUGAAAAGGACGGCACUGACGUCAAGUGCUUGAGUGGAGGGCCACCCAUUAUUACGAAACCAGAGAGAGUGGUGGGAGUCAUUGGGGCAUCUGCCAGUUCAGUGUCCAUAAUGGUGGCCAACAUUUUGCGACUCUUCAAGAUUCCCCAGGUGAGCUACGCCUCGACCGCCCCAGAGCUGAGUGACAACAGUCGCUAUGACUUCUUCUCGAGAGUGGUUCCACCAGAUACCUACCAGGCUCAGGCCAUGGUGGACAUUGUCAAGAAGAUGAAAUGGAACUAUGUGUCCACAGUGGCUUCUGAAGGAAAUUAUGGUGAAAGCGGUGUGGAUGCCUUCAUCCAAAAGUCUCGUGAGGAUGGUGCAGUGUGUGUGGCACAGUCAGUUAAAAUCCCACGGGAGCCCAAAGCUGGAGAAUAUGACAAGAUCAUCCGGCGCUUGAUGGAAAAUCCCAAUGCCAGGGUUGUCAUUUUGUUUGCCAAUGAGGAUGAUAUUAGGAGACUCCUGGAAGCAGCCAAAAAGGCGAAUCAGACAGGCCAUUUUCUCUGGGUCGGGUCGGAUAGCUGGGGUUCCAAAAUAUCCCCAGUGCUACACCAGGAAGUGGUGGCAGAUGGAGCAGUUACCAUCUUGCCCAAGAGGAUGUCAGUCAGAGGGUUUGAUCGCUACUUUGUGAGCCGCACACUGGACAAUAACAGACGGAACAUAUGGUUUGCUGAGUUCUGGGAGGAUAACUUUCACUGCAAAUUGAGUCGGCAUGCCCUGAGGAAAGGAUCUGGAAUUAAGAAGUGCACAAAUCAUGAGCGGAUCGGCAAGGAUUCUUCCUACGAACAAGAAGGAAAAGUACAGUUUGUCAUUGAUGCGGUCUACUCCAUGGCUCAUGCCCUUCACAACAUGCAUAAACAACUGUGCCCAGGCAAAGUUGGCCUCUGUUCCAAGAUGGACCCCAUAAAUGGCACAAUGUUGCUCAAGUUCAUUCGUAAUGUCAACUUCACAGGUAUUGCUGGGAAUCCUGUGCUCUUUAAUGAAAAUGGAGAUGCUCCAGGACGUUAUGACAUCUAUCAGUAUCAGAUGAAAAACAACACUACAGAGUACAAGGUCAUAGGUCAAUGGACUGAUCAACUACACUUAAACAUGCAAGCAAUGCAGUGGCCUGGAGUUUCUGGCCAGGUUCCAGCCUCUAUCUGCAGCCAGCCAUGUCGCCCAGGGGAACGUAAGAAGAUUGUCAAAGGCAUCCCAUGCUGCUGGCACUGCGAACGAUGUGAUGGGUACCAGUAUCAGGCAGACCGCUUUACCUGCAAGAUGUGUCCCUUCAACUUGCGUCCUAACGAAAACCACACUGGAUGCCGGCCAAUUCCAAUUGUCAAGCUAGAAUGGAGUUCACCUUGGGCAGUAAUUCCAGUGUUCAUUGCAAUCCUUGGGAUCCUGGCAACUUUAUUUGUGGUGGUGACAUUUAUCCGCUAUAAUGAUACACCUAUUGUAAAGGCGUCUGGUAGGGAGCUGAGUUAUGUUCUGCUGACAGGUAUAUUUCUGUGUUAUGCCACCACUUUCCUUAUGAUCUCUACUCCAGAUGUUGGUAUUUGCUCCCUGCGGCGUAUUUUUUUGGGCCUGGGAAUGAGUAUCAGUUAUGCAGCUUUACUUACAAAGACCAACCGCAUUUAUCGUAUCUUUGAACAGGGCAAAAAGUCUGUUUCAGCACCACGCUUCAUAAGCCCAGCCUCACAGCUGGUCAUCACGUUCAGUUUAAUUUCUGUGCAACUGAUUGGAGUUUGCAUCUGGUUUGGAGUGGACCCUUCACAAGCCAUCAUUGAUUAUGAGGACCAGCGUACAGCAAAUCCCGAAUUUUCCCGUGGAGUGCUCAAAUGUGAUAUCUCAGACUUAUCUCUCAUUUGCCUGCUUGGAUACAGCAUGUUAUUGAUGGUCACUUGUACCGUCUAUGCAAUCAAGACACGUGGCGUCCCAGAGACCUUCAAUGAGGCAAAGCCUAUAGGCUUCACUAUGUAUACUACUUGUAUCGUCUGGCUGGCUUUUAUUCCAAUUUUCUUUGGAACAUCACAGUCCACAGAGAAGAUGUACAUUCAAACCACCACGUUAACCAUUUCUGUGAGCCUGAGUGCCUCGGUCUCUCUGGGAAUGCUCUACAUGCCGAAGGUGUACAUUGUGCUUUUUCACCCAGAACAGAACGUGCCCAAGCGUAAGCGAAGUCUGAAGGCUGUGGUCACUGCUGCCACCAUGUCAAACAAGUUCACGCAAAAGGGCAGCUUUAGACCCAAUGGUGAAGCAAAAUCUGAGCUCUGUGAAAGUUUGGAAACGCAAUCUUUGGCUUCUAAGCAAACAUACAUCAGCUACAGCAACCAUGCGAUCUAACUGGAAUGCUCAAGGGCGCCAGAGCCAGACCUCACUGUGGAGAGCUCACGAUGACCAGAAAUAAAUGUAAAAAAUUCAACAAUAAGGAGUAACGUGCAGUGGAACAAACAAACAAACAUACAAACAGAACUAAAGUAUGAAAGGAUUCAGGGUUGGAGGCACAGCCUUUUUAAAGUUACAAAAAGCUGGUAGAGGAACAAAAAAAAAAGUCACUGGAGGUCAGAAGGUGGAAAGGAGUACAUCAUAAAGAGUAGCAUUGGGUAGAAGCACAAGGUUCAAUGGCAACGGCAGGAGAUUUAUUUCUAACUGAGUCAGCUGUCCUUUCUGGGGUCAGCAAUACUGUUUGCAUGUAUAACUGAUGUUUCCCUGAAAUCUCUGUAGUUUAUGGCCUGUGCCAUUUUUUAAGGACAGAUGCUGGUCCGGAUGAAAGGGAGUACCACACAAGGAGGCCAUCUGAGUUAAACAAGUUGGUAAAAUCAGUAUUGACAUCCAUGGACUUCACAGCGCAAGCCAGAAGCCGUUCAUCAGACAAACAAACAAAUAAAAAAAAUAAACAACUCCCUCCUGGGAUCCCACAUGUUUCAUUUUGUAAACCCUGGCAUUUGUGGCACAUUUAGAAAGCCAAUGAUAAAUAAACACCAGGGGGAACUUCCUAUACGGUCAGGGAUCUUAAUUUUGCCUCUCUUCCUAGAUGUUUGUUUGAGGUUAUACUAGACUUACUGCACUUUGGGCCUCAUUUCCUUCGAUUUGUGUGGGUGCACUUUAAUCACUGGGCACUAUCACUAUCAUGGCAUUUAAAAGUAACUCAAAAAUGAUUGCGGUAAUGCUACAGGAAUGUCGAUUGGGAUUUGUUUAAUGCACAGCUGUCUUUCCUGUACAUUAUCAAUUAUAAAAACAACAAAACUUUGCACUGCUGCCCUGCAAAUAUCCACAGUAAAACUUUUAACAUUCCUUUAAUGUUUGUUAGCACUAGCCACCUGGUGACACUGCCGUCCAGAUCUUCUUCAGAACCGCUAGGCUAACGAAACUCAUGGUUUGAUGCGCUGACCUCCAAAAAGAAAAACCCUCACUGCCGCCCACUCCACACUGCCAUC